UUAAUUAAGAUAUUUCUACAAUAAAGGUUGAACGUGUUCACGAUGUUAGAAUCUUUAGCCGCCAACUUACUAAAUCGCUACAUAGGCGCUUAUAUUGAAAAUAUUGACCCAGAAAAAUUGUCUAUUGCUGCGUGGAAAGGCGAAGUGUCUCUUACAAAAGUUAAGCUAAGCAAGAGUGCGCUUGAUAAACUCGAUCUUCCCGUGGAGGUUACUUUUGGCUACUUGGAAAAUCUUCUUCUGAAGAUUCCUUGGACCAACCUUGGCUCUAGCCCAGUACAGCUGAAGAUUGACAGUCUGUUUCUCGUGGCAAAGCCAAAAGUCGAGCAAGAGUACGACGAGGACAAAGAAGUUGAACAAGAAUUUAGAAAGAAACAAAAACUUCUUGCCGACUUUGAGCAGAAAAAAGAAAAUCUGCGAAAGGAAAAAGAAGCACAACCCACCGACAAUGACCGCGACCAACCGGGAGGAAUUUCCCUCAUCUCUAAGAUUAUUAACAACAUUCAAGUGCAGAUAUGCAACGUCCAUAUUCGCUAUGAGGAUUGUUCUUCUCUUUCGGAGGAGUGCGUUUCCGCCGGGAUCACUUUAGAGAAUCUUUCUUUGCGGACCACUGAUUCCAAUUGGCAAGAAAAGUUUAUUGACUCGAUUCCGGCUAUAACCUAUAAGCUACUGACUUUGGACAACUUUUCCUUGUAUAUGAACAACAAGGCGUUAUCUGUCUCUACGGCGGAUGCCGACGGCUUUGCGGAGUCGAUGAAGUGCAUGAUAGCUUCAGAGAAAACGAGCCAACACUGA